AUGUGAACGCGCUUGUCCUUCCGGCGGAAGUGAUUGGUACGGAUUGGAAGGUGCUGGUUGUUGUGGAAGAGAGUCCUGUGGUCGGUGUGAUGGGGAAGAAGGACAAGUCUGACAAGAAGAAAUUCAGGAAGCGUCACUAUGACGAGGAGGACGAUGAUGACGAGGAACUCCCCGGCAAUGACCAGGAGGCCGUGCCGUCCGCCGCCGGGAAGCAGGUGGAUGAAACCUCCCAAAAAGUGGACGAGUACGGAGCUAAAGAUUACCGAUCGCAGAUGUCGCUGAAGACCGAUCACUCCUCCCGUCCGCUGUGGGUGGCACCAGACGGGCACAUCUUCCUGGAAGCCUUCUCCCCGGUCUAUAAAUACGCCCAGGACUUCCUGGUGGCCAUCUCCGAGCCGGUCUGCAGACCUCAGCAUGUUCACGAGUAUAAACUUACUGCGUAUUCGCUGUACGCCGCGGUCAGCGUGGGCCUGCAGACCAGCGACAUCAUAGAGUAUUUACAGAAGCUCAGCAAGACCGGAGUCCCGGAGGGAAUCGUACAGUUCAUCAAGCUCUGUACUGUCAGCUACGGGAAGGUGAAGUUGGUUCUGAAACACAACAGGUACUUUGUAGAGAGCGCCCACCCAGAGGUCAUCCAGGACCUCCUACAGGAUCCCAUCAUAAGAAGCUGCCGACUGCGCAAUGAGGAGGGCGAGGACACCGAACUGAUCACCGAGACCUUUACCAGCAAGUCAGCUAUCUCCAAGGCCAGUGACCCCGCCAGCGGACCCUCCACCUCCCAGGGUCCCGAGACGCAGAGCAAAGGCGACGUCCCUGCCGACUUGUUCGAGUUUUACGAGCAAAUGGACAAGGAGGAAGAGGAGGAGGAGGAAACGCAGACGGUCUCCUUUGAGGUCAAACAGGAACACAUUGAGUUGCUCCAGAAACAAUGUAUCCACAUGGAGUAUCCUUUAUUGGCUGAAUACGAUUUCAGAAACGACACCAUGAAUCCCGACAUCAACAUCGACCUGAAACCCACUGCCGUCCUGCGCCCGUACCAGGAGAAAAGUUUGCGCAAGAUGUUUGGCAACGGGCGCGCUCGUUCUGGCGUGAUCGUCCUGCCUUGCGGUGCGGGAAAGUCUCUGGUUGGCGUCACGGCCGCCUGUACAGUUCGGAAGAGGUGCCUCAUUUUGGGGAACUCGGCCGUCUCCGUGGAGCAGUGGAAAGCUCAGUUCAAGAUGUGGUCCACCAUCGACGACAGCCAGAUAUGCCGUUUUACCUCCGACGCCAAGGACAAGCCCAUCGGCUGCUCGAUUGCCAUCAGCACCUACUCCAUGCUGGGACACACCACCAAGAGGUCUUGGGAAGCUGAGAGGGUGAUGGAGUGGCUGAAAAGUCAGGAGUGGGGUCUGAUGAUUCUAGACGAGGUGCACACCAUUCCAGCUAAGAUGUUCCGUCGUGUCCUAACCAUCGUCCAGGCGCACACCAAGCUCGGUCUCACCGCCACGCUGGUCCGAGAAGAUGACAAAAUCGUCGACUUGAAUUUCCUAAUUGGUCCCAAGUUAUACGAGGCCAACUGGAUGGAGCUCCAGAACAACGGCUACAUCGCUAAAGUGCAGUGCGCUGAGGUCUGGUGCCCUAUGUCACCCGAGUUCUACCGAGAAUACGUCGCCAUCAAGACAAAGAAGCGCAUUCUUUUCUACACUAUGAACCCGAAUAAAUUUCGAGCUUGCCAGUUCCUGAUUAAGUUCCACGAGAGAAGGAAUGACAAAAUAAUGGUGUUUGCCGACAAUGUCUUUGCGCUGAAGGAGUACGCCAUCCGGCUGAACAAGCCUUAUAUCUACGGUCCAACCUCUCAAGGGGAGAGAAUGCAGAUCCUACAGAACUUCAAACACAAUCCUAAAAUCAAUACGAUCUUUAUUUCUAAGGUGGGAGACACCUCCUUCGAUCUUCCAGAAGCCAACGUUCUAAUACAGAUCUCCUCUCACGGAGGGUCCCGAAGACAAGAGGCGCAGCGCCUGGGGCGUGUAUUGAGAGCGAAGAAAGGGAUGGUGGCGGAGGAGUACAACGCCUUCUUCUAUUCAUUGGUGUCACAGGACACCCAGGAAAUGGCGUACUCCACCAAGAGACAGAGAUUCCUUGUGGAUCAAGGCUACAGCUUUAAGGUGAUCACCAAGCUGGCCGGCAUGGAGGAAGAUGAACUGGCAUUCGCCACCAAAGAAGACCAGCAGCAGCUCCUGCUGAAGGUGUUGGCUGCCUCUGAUCUGGACGCAGAGGAGGAAAUAGUGGCCGGGGAAUUCGGAUCAAAAUCUCACAUGGGACGGCGUGUCGGGACGAUGAGCUCCAUGUCUGGAGCAGACGAUGCGGCGUAUAUGGAAUACCACACACCUCGAAACAAGAAUGCCGCCGGCAAACACGUACAUCCUCUGUUCAAGCGCUUCCGAAAAUGAGUUUGUCUUCUGUUCCUCCAUUGUGACAUUGGGAGGGGGGGGGGGGGGGGUGUUGCAGGGGAAGUCCCA